AUGAGCAGAUCCGCAGGAGAACCAAACAAGCUGGUCUGCAUAUCGCUGGUAGGCAGCAGCAAGGAGUGGAGCGUAUCUCUCCCGGACACAGAAGAAGCGCUGUGUGUGUGUGCCGCCGGUGGCGUGGUCGCGUGCGCCACCACCGCGCGCCUACUGAGGUUAUUCACGCCUAUGGGCACGCAGCGACAGGUAAUUUCCCUGGCGGGCCCAGUAGUCGCCCUUGCUGGGUACAACACAACAGUUCUGGCCGUAUACCACAGCACAGAACCCGGGGUUUCCGACCAGCACCUCGCUAUGGACAUCAUAGCGAUGAACGGCAGACACGUGCGAAGUAAAACGGUCCCUGUGCCGCUGACGCCAGGGUCCAAAUUGGCGUGGCUGGGAACCACCGACACCGGCUCGCCGUGUGCCUUUGACAACACCGGCAUGUUACGACUUUACGANUCAUCGUGA